GGGUGUUGCCGCCGCCUUUCUGGCCGCUGCCCCUGGGCACGCAGCGCGGUGAGGGGCCUGACCGCGCGCGCCGACCGCUCUGCGGAGCCCGGGUCUGACUGCCAGUGAGAAGUUCAAGUCGGCGAGGGCUGGGAGGUGCAAAGCCCGGCAGGAAAUCUAGGGAGCAAAAGGCGAGCGGGGGUGAUCUUGAGCCAAGACAUCAGGCCAAGUGGAGGAAAUGUCAUCAUUGGUGAAGGAGGACUUGGAGAAGAAACUGUUUAAGCCACUCUCGCAGCAUCUGUACGAGUUUAUUGAAAUCGAGUUCUCGGUCCAGGACAGGUAUUACCUCUGCGUGUCAGUGACCAAAAAUGAAGAAGUAAAAAUAAUUAUGGUGAAACACUACAGAAUAGGUUUAGAUGAAAAAUAUGAAGUAACAAAAAAGUGGUCUUUGAACGAUCUGCAGAUGAUUGAUGGAAAAGAAGCAGAUACCGACAAUCCAUUUUUUGAUCUGCAUUUCAAGAAAGUAUACAGCUUGGAAGCAUACAGCUGUGCUUCUAAAUAUGCCUUUGCUCGAACUGUAAAUAAGCUGAAUCAUGCCUAUCUUAAGAAGGACUUACAGAUUGUGAACUUUGAUUCUACUUACAUUAAUGAUGAUUCCAUUUGGUCCUCCAACAACAAGGAUUGCUUGGUUCUUAUGAGAAUAUGCUUUUAUGCUUUCAAUCUAGUGUGCUUGUCCUUGUGUCCCCUUCCACUCUGAAGAUGUAUCCCAUAUUCCUCCAUCAGUGUUCUAUGAAAAUGGUUCCCUAGGUAAAUAUCAAUAGUUGUGAUUUUGUU